AAGGUCAAAAUCACUAAUUUACUUUCAAAAACUGUCUCAUAACAUCCCGGCACGAACUGAGGUGAAUCAUAUGAUCCUGGCUCCUGGCCAUCUCGGCAGUCAGGUUGAUUUAGAGCUGACAGAGGUCAAAGUUCGAGCUCCAGAAUAUUAUAGCCUCAAAUUUUUGUGUGUGAUCAGUGAAAUCCUACAUAAUGCCUCCUUCCCAAGAUCAAAUAAUUGAUAUUUGUGCCGUUCUAUCAGAAAAAGAACAAAUGAAUGUUACAUUCAAAGAAGCAGGCAAAGGAUUCUUGAUAACAGGCACAUGUGCAGCAUUAGGAACAUUGCUUGGAGGUCCUAUUGGACUGUUUAUUGGUGGUACUUUAGGUAGUGCUACAGCUGCCUUCCAUUGUAGAGGUAAAUGCAGAUCAGUCGUUGAGAUAAUAACAUAUGAUAUGACUUCAGAUCAGCGCAGAAGAUUAGCAGAUAGUGUCACAUCAGCUCUACAAAGUGUAACAACAGAAGAUAUACUUAUUAUAUUACCUAUGAUACUAGGUACUGAUAAUUUGAGAGCUGUUGUGGUGAAAGAAAUUAUUAAGUUUUUCUCUAAUGAAAUGAACAUGACGAUAACAAGUUCUUGAUUUGUAUUGAAUUUUCAAUGGAUUAUUCAAAAAUAUAUUACUUAUCAAACUCAA